AUGUCCAGUCCUGCCAAGUGCAUUUCGGCCGCCUCUUCGGCCGGCCUCCGGUCGACUCGUCCGGUCCUCUUCACAUCUUCUGCCUCGUCCUCGUCGCCCUUCACAAUCGCGGCCCCGGCAAGAUACCGGGCAAGAUACAGGGCACUGUCGACGCUGCCCGGUGGGCCAACGCGGGCAACUCCGCGCCGGCUCUUCUCGUCGUCUCCGUUGUGCCGCUCGGCCUCUUCCUCUGCCUCUGCGUCCGCCGCGGCCUCGGCCUCUCCCAAGCGAGAACGGCCUCCAUUGCCCUUUACCACUGUCCCUUCGUGCCCGUCGCCCACGUGCGCCUGCGAGCCCACGCCUGAGCUGCCCGCCGACCUGCCCAUCGACCGCACCAGCCCGCUCAACGGCCUCAUCCCCGCGUACAGCGAGCAGGUCCUCGUCUGCACUGGCACCAGCGACUGGCCGUCGCGCAUUGAAGACGCCAACAGCGGCGACAACCUGGCCGCCGACAUCAAGGAGCUCUUUGGCCGCGGCGGCACCUACAGCGACCCGUACCACCACGUCGCCGUCCUCAACGCCUCCUUCCCGCCCUCCGUGCCGCGCCUCGUCGGCCUGCAGUCCUCGUCCGUCUACCUGCUGCCCAGCUUCACCUACAUCCCCUAUCUGCCGCGCCUGUCCUUUGACGCCGUCGAGGCCCUCGCCCAGGGCUUUUUGCUGCCCAAGCGCCUGCACCCCGCCCACGACGGCGCCCUCUCGCCCGUCCACCGCGACCGCCUGACGCGCAAGCCAGCCCUGCGGCGCCUGCUCUACGGCGUGCGCGAGCCGAUCCCGGACGUGCUGGUGCUCAUCUGCGGCCACCGUGCACGCGAUGCGCGCUGCGGCAUCGUGGGCCCCGUGCUGCAGACCGCCUUUACGCGGGCGCUGGGCCGCGUCGGCUUCCAUGUCGAGCAGGGCCCCGUCGAGCCGGACGACUACGUGGGCACAGACGGCAACGGCGCGACAAAGAACGCGCCCCCCCCGCCAGCGGUGCAGACGGCGCGCAGGACGACGGCCCGCGUCGGCUUGGUCUCGCACAUUGGCGGACACAAGUUUGCCGGCAACGUAAUUGUGUAUCUGCCGCCGAGCCUGCGGACGCCCGACGGCCUGGCGGCCCACCCGCUGGCCGGCUACGGCGUGUGGUACGGCCGUGUCGAGCCGGAGCACGUGGAGGGGCUCGUGCAAGAGACAGUGCUGCAGGGCCGCGUGGUCGAGGACCACUUCCGGGGCGCCAUCAACCAGGAGCGGCAGAUUGUGCGGCUGUAG